AUGGAACAGAAGGAGGAAACUCCAUAUGAGAAGGGGCAGAAGGUAAAGCAUCCAAAUGUAAAAGAACAGAGCCUUGAGGAGGAUGUUCUAGGAACUGGCUUUGAGAGUGAAUCGACAGAAGAGCAUCUAGAUGAGAUGGAACAGAAAGAAAUGCAUCCAGAUGAGAUGGAACAGAAGGAAAAGCAUCCAGAUGAGAUGGAACAGAAGGAAAAGCAUCCAGAUGAGAUGGAACAUAAGGAGGAAACCCUGUAUCAUUUGGGGCAAAAGGAAGAGCUUCCAGAUGAAAAGGAGGAGAGCAUUGAUGAGAGUGUUUCAGGAACUGCCUUUGAGAGUGAAUGGACAGAAGAGCAUCCAGAUGAGAUGGAACAGAAAGAAGAAGCUCUAUAUCAUAUGGGGCAGAAGGAAGAGCAUCCAGAUGAAAACGAACAGAGCUUCGCGGAGGGUGUUCCACGUACUGGCUUUCAGAGUGAAUGGACAGAAGAGCAUCUAGAUGAGAUGGAACAGAAAGAACAGUCUCCAAAUGAGAUGGAACAUAAGGAGGAGACCCUGUAUCAGAUUGGGCAAAAGGAAGAGUAUGUAGAUGAAAUAGAAGAGUGCAUUGGUGAGGGUGUUUCUGGAUCUGCCUUUGAGAGUGAAUGGACAGUAGAGCAUCCUGAUGAGAUGGAACAGAUGGAUGAAACUCCAUAUGAGAGGGAGCCAAAGGUAAAGCAUCCAGAUGAAAAGGAAGAUAGUUUUGAUAAUGGUGUUCCAGGAACUGGUCCUGGGACUGCGUUUGAGAGUGAAUGGACAGAAGACCGUCCAGAUGAGACAGAGCUGAGGGUUAUUGUUGAUGAUGCUCCUGAAUAUGCUGCUUUGAGCAAAGUGCCUUUUUCUCAAAUAAGAGACAUUCAUGUUUUUCAAGAAUCUCCAGAAGAUGAACAUGUUUUUCAAGGAGACGAUGGUAACAAUGUGAGAGUUUACAAGGAUCCUUCAGAGAUGGAAUAUCUGACUCUGGAUCAUCAUCCUCCUAUGACUUUAGAUCUCUCAUUCCAUGAAGUAUCUGAAACAGAUGAGUACGAUCAUGAACACCCCCUGUACAGAACAGCGGCGAGAACCUCCGAAGUAGAAUUACCCCAUGGUGAAUAUCAUCCUGGAGAAGAAUCAGGAGACCAAGUGCCUGAAGAGAUGAACAGCAGAAAGAAGCUUGUGGUUCUGAUAGAGAAAAAUAAACUGCAGGAAAGGCAUGAAGCUCAUAUUCAUCCUGUAAUGCCAGAGUUUUCAUGUGAUGAAAAAGUGUCUCAAGUUGUUGAAAAUUUGAACCAACCCCAAUACUGUUCUGUGGAGAAUAUGUCUGAAGCAGAAUUGCUCCUGGAACUAUCAAUAUUUUCUCUUCCUGGAGAAGAUUCUUCUGAAGAUUGGAGAAAGCAUAUAUCAGAUGAGAUUGCCAGAAAUCCUAUGGAGAAGAAGCCUUUCGAUUCGGAGGAUGCAGAUGGGUCUGCCCAUCACCCUUCUACCCAUGGAGCAUCUGGGUUUGGAUCUCAUGCCUUACAAAUGCAUGACUUCAUGGAAGAGGAACUGCAUGUGCCUGCAAAGGGAACAAAGCCGUUAUCAGAUGAGAAAGAUGUCCCCACCUCUAGUGUCGCUGAAGAACCUUUGAGAGAGUCUGCCUGUCCAGAGAUAUGGGAAGUUUAUGAAGAUAUGACAAAAGAAGGCAUUCCUUCUUUCUUCGUUGAGACUGAGGAAGGGCUGGAUGAAAAUGAUGAAGCAGAUGGCAGGCAUUUCUCAUCUGACCUUGAUACUGCUAUUGAUGGUGAUUUUCUACAGACAGAUGGUGUUCAUGAGAGAUACAUGGAACCAAAUGUAUAUAAGUGUGAGGAUCUGGAGCCAUUUCUGCUAGAGGAGGGGGGCUUGACAGGAUUCAAGUGUGAUGAGGAACAUCACAUCUGUGAGAGUUAUGUGGGACAACCUGUGAGUCAGAACAAAGGGCAGGAAGAAAAUCUUGUUGAGAGUGCUCCUGCAUUGUUGACAAUUCCAGAUGAUACCCAAAUUCAACACAUGGAAGAAAAACAGAGAAUAUCUGUCGAUGUUCCAAAGGAGUUGAUUAAGUCAGAAGGAGCUGCCAAGGAAACCCCUGACGGCUCUUUUGGAGUUCCAGUGUUUUCUGGUAUGAUUCCUUGCCCUGAUGUUCAUUCUGAGGGAGUUGCAGACCCUGUUGAUGGGACACAUGGGAAUUUUAAGACAGUGUCUGUGAUAUCUGAGAAAGGGAUCUCUCACCCCAGUAUUGAGAAUCUGACUGAUGUACCUGAGGGAAAACCGGUUGGUGAUGUAAAUGAAUGGUUGGUUUUUGAUGAUGGACAGCUUGGAACAGCAGGAGCCGAAGACAAGAGAACGUACCGAGAUGUUCUCCUGUCGGGACUGUUGCAGCAGCAUGAACCCUGUGAUAGUAAUCGUGAUGACUUUAGAGAUUAUCAGCAGGCCCAGAAGGAAAAUGAAGACUCUGCUAAAUCAGAAGUGGAAAAUUUUGACAAGAAAAUCAUGGUGGAUGUGAAAUCUCAGCAUUCCAUCCAAGAAUCUGCUCCCCUUGAGAAAGCAGCUAUUCAUCUGCCAGACGAGGAAGAACUCAAGGAAGAUUUCACUGGUUUUAUGGCAGGAGCCCAGAUAGACACAGACUUGGUCCUUCCCAGCCCAAAAGAUUUUCUUCAAGAAGACCAUCAAAACUCCUCUGCUAGCAAUGAGUCUGUCUCUUCUCAAUCAGAAACUGAUGGAGAAAUACUGAAAGCUCAUGAUGAUGCAUUGACUGUAGAAGCACAGUAUGCCUCUAUUCAUGGCAGGUCUAUUCAGGAAACUGAGCAAGACAUUUCCAAUGGAGUGGCCUUGAUCAGUUCAUUCAUAGCAGAAACCUCAAAGGACUUCCAGAUUGUUUCAUCAACUGCAAUGCCACGAUCAGAUCUAUGUCAGAGACUGAAGGAGCUUGAAGUGUGCAUCAAUGGCCACAUUCACAAGCUGCUUCUCCUGAAGGCUCAGCAACGGAGGUGCGGCUUGGAGGAAGGGCCGUUCACGAGACGUCUCAUGGCAGAGUCCCUGCAGCUCAGGUUUCAGAUUCAGGAAUCAAGAGGGCAGGCUGACUUGGAGGAGCUCAGGGAUUCAUUCAAGCAGAUCAUGAAUGGAAGUGAAUCAGGAAUCUCCUCACUAAUAGAACAAUUCAGUCCUGAAUCUCCAACAGAAUCUCCUCUCAAUGAACUCUAUCAAGAAGCUGUGAUAAAAUCUAACCAGAUAUCUGAUGAAGAACAGGCAAAGAGGAAGGAAGAGUUUGAGUCAUGCCUAGAAACAAUGAGGAAUCUUGGUCGAUGGGCUUCCCUGAGUCAGAAUGAACUUUUGACUCUCCAACCCUGUCCAGCCAGUGUUCAGGAGAUUGAGGGUCUAUGGCGAGAAUAUGAGAGAAGAAUGGCAGAAGUAAAUGAUCUGGAGAAGUGUGUGCCUGCCUUCAAUGAUACAGGGAUCCUAGAGACACUUCGAGAUCUGAGGAAGAACUUCUCAGCCAUUAAAAAUGGCCUGGAUGCCUUGCAGGAGCAACUGAGUAAACAGGAGACCCUCCAGGCCCUCACCGGGAAGUCACUCAGUGGUCUCCUAGAAAUUGAGCAUGCAAUGCAAGAGGAUUGGAAUGCAGGACAAAUCCUGUCACAUGUAGAGGGACUGUGUACAGAGAGAGAGGAGUUAUCAGAGGCCCUCAUUUCUCAUGGCAUCACCCAACCUCAUGCCUCUCAAUUCAAUCAUGUACUCAAGCUAUGGGAAGAAUUGUGCAUGGAGGCCCACGAGCAUUAUACAACCCUUUUGUCCCGUAUGGGAGCGAUCGAAGUGAGGCAAUGCCACGAGCGGCUCAUGGCAUUGGGCGAGGAGGCUCUUGUCGAUGAGAUACCCUCUGGGCCUCUUCUCCUUCAUGCCCAUGCUCAACGUCUUCAAGUGCUUCAGUGCCUUGUGUCUAGUCAGCUGGAGGCCUCAUUCAAGGACAGUGAGACUGAACCUUUGGCAUCCAGACAGAGGAAUCUCCUGUCGAAGGUGUCUUCUCGACUGAAUCAUGUGAAUCGAUUGCUUCACUGCUGGGAGGAGGCAAAGUCUGCAUUGGAACAAUACGGGGCUUGGGUACGAGCUCGUGAGAGAGAGAACGAGGAAAUAAUGUGUGAAUAUCCAAGCAUUGCUGAGAUUCCGAUCCUUGCUCAACGUUUCCUGAAAAUGCAAGAGAAACUGAACACGGAGACGCUGGAAGAGCCAUGCAGAAGGUCAUUGGAGGCGCUCGAACAGGAACUGAAGAAAGGAGACGGAGACAGAAGAAGCGAAUGGAGGGUGCUGGCAUCCUCCUUCCAGUCGUGGCACACCCGGGAGAAGAACCUGAGAGCCGGGAUCCAUACGUGGAUGGACCACUUGGAACGACUUCAGGGUUCCAUCAAGAAGUUCUUCCUUCUCUUCGGAGGCAUCCACAAGUGCCUUGUCGAGUGCCAAAGGUUCCUUGGCACUCUCCACAAUGCCACCCUAUUGCAGGAAUGGAGGCAUGUCUUGAGGAAUCUUCCGAUGGAAGAAAUGAGGACCGAAAUGGACCGAGCGAGCGAAGGCGUGAGCGUGAGAGAUCGGCAUUCGAUGCAGCAUCACGUCUGGGCUCUUCAGUCCCUCCAUGCCUCCCUUUUGCAACAGAUCCAAAACCAACUUGGGACUCUCGAGUCUGCCGCAUUUUCCAGAUGGAGCGUCCGGGGAAUGCUGGGCGGAAGUUCGAGAUACCUGAGUCGGGUGCUGCGGGCAGCCCUGCCCGUCCAGGCGUUCAUGCUCCUCCUCUUGGGACUAACUGCGCUCUACCCAAUGUGCGAGGACGAGUUCGAGUGCAUCUGGUCUAACAGCUUUCGGGAUUCUCUGCAGCCUAUGCUUGCCUAUCGGGGGGGAUCCCCGCCCGUCUAGUCGCUUCCUUUUCUUCGUGCCGGUGAGGUCCUGGGUUUCUUGAGGUUAAUGAUGACUUGCAAUAAAUUUCCUUUUAUUUCUGCAGCG